AUGGAAAUCAACUUUAUAUCAAUCUAUGAUAACACAGCAGAAGCAAAAUACCUAUUCGUAUCAGAGAGUGUCACUGAUAUACUAGGCUAUCAACCAGAGGAAUUGGUUGGUAAAGGAGGAUACAGUAUACUUCACCCAGAUGAAGUGCAAGCUAUAAGCAUUGUGCACCGAGGAAAUGUAAAGAACGAGAGAAUGUCAAGUGUAAAUACCUAUAGAAAUCGACACAAGGAUGGGCAUUAUGUGCUAUGUGAUGUGGUGGUGCAUUACUGCUACGAUGUACUGAUCUGCACCAAUUUUGCAGUGACAACGAAUGAUUGUUUUCGACACAAGAUUCGGAUCAAUUCUGCAGAAGAUGUGUUUGUUAUUCAACCGGAUGGAUCUAUUCAGUUGGCAGGUGCAUGGAACCUAUCUCAAGAAAAAAUGAAGAGAUUGCUGGCGGAAGGAAACCCUUGGGACGCCAACAUGAAUGUGAUAUCGCCGCAAGAGCCUCGAUUCUGUUUAUUUCUAAAUCGAUAUACAAGCUUGUCCAUUAUCGUAUUUGCCACUCAAAUGUGUCAGAACCUUGUUGGAUCGAGCCAAAUGGAGUUAAUUGGUGAAUCAUUGUACGAUUAUGUGGAUGACAAGGACCGAUUGAAUGUGGAAAGACUUAUAACAUUGGCAAAAUCAAAUGACCUGAUCAACCGAAUAAGAUUUAACUGGAAAAGACGUGAUAAUGAUGAAUUAGAGUAUCUAGAAGCUGUUAUUAGUUGUACAUACGAUGGUUUAGUUUUUGUAGCACGUAGAUGUGGAUAUAGGAUGCAAUGA